AUGCAGACGAAAAAAAAGAAGGAAGGCGCUAAAGGAAGAGCCAUAUACAAUCAAGGCGUUUUGAAAAAAAAUGCAGUGGCCACAAGGAAGCAGUCACAAACAAAUGUAAGACACAUUGAUAAGUUAAAAAUUUUGAGUGAAAUAAAAAACGAAGGAAAGAAAAGCAUCCUUAUGGAGGGUAUAGAAAAAGCGAAAGAGAGAGCAAGUUUUUUAAACAAAACAGCGGAUAAAAACUCCAUGAGGGAGAAAAAAAACAGCAGCAGGGACAGCAGUCGAGGCACCGUACUCAAGUUCAGUGAGCCAAACAGAAAUAAAAGCUUGACCGACAAGGAGAAAAAGGAACAUGCCUAUGGCCGUGGUCCCAGUAAGGAGGAUACCCACCGAAGGGGCAGAACUACGAACACACAAGUGACACACAAUAGCAGGAGAAGAACAAACGAAAGGAAAACCUCCUCCAUGGGGAAGUUGCUGCUACGGGACGGCAUCAGGGAGGAAGAAAAUUUAUCCUCCUUGCUCCAAGGAUUAAGUAAAGAACGAAUAGGCAGGAGCGACGAAGGAGGAAGUAGUAGCAAGGAAAACGCGCGCGGCAGUAGGGGAAGUGCACGAGGAAGCAGGGGGAGCAUGCGAGGCAGCGGCGAAAGGGGCAUCAAGAGCUACCCGUGGCAGGCAAAGAGUGAAGAUCAGAAGGGCGCAAAGGGUGCGAAAGGUGCAAAGGUCGCCAGUAUUGCCACUAUUGCCAGUAAUGCGAAAAUCGGCAGCAAUGCCAAUGAUGCCAAAAUCGCAAAAAUUGCGAAGAGCGCGACCCAGGAAGAGAGAGUGAAAGAAGCCAAUGCGGCACACGUAAAAAAACUCGACGGAAGCGCGAAAAAUAAAAGUAAAAAAGACCACAUCGUGAUUGACGAUAGUAACAUUUACAUCGUGAUAGACGACCUGAACGAAAACCUAAACGAUAAAGCUGCAAUAAUAAACAAGCUAAACAUCACGAAUGAUACGUAUAAUUUUUUGAAAAAUAGCAAAAAUGAAAUGAGGGGGGGGAAGCGGAGGAACGCCAAUUAUUCCCUCAUGGGAGAGUCUCACCCGGUUAGCGGUAGGGGCGUGGACGGGGAGACACUCCAAGGGGCAGACGCCGAUGCAGAUGAGGAGGAUGGCUUCUACGAUGAGGGAGAAGAGGAGGACGAUGACGAGGCCCUGGACGAUGAGGAAGAAGACGGGGAAGAAGACGACGAAGAGGACGAUGAGGAGGAAGAGGAGGAGGACUACGAUUUUGAUAACAAGAGCGUUUCGAUAAGGGGCAUCGGGGAGGACUCCACGAACGAUGAGCUGGAAGAUUUAGAGAUUAGCAAAAUUUACGAGUCGUUUAAAACGGAAAAUCUGCACCCCUUCGAGGAAGCCGCGGAGGAGGAAGCGAAGCCCGAGGGCGCGCAGGGGGAGGGCCUUAUCGAGGAGACCUCCAAGAAGAAGGAGGGGAGCGGAGAGGCUGAAGGCGCAGUUGGGAGUGCGAAGGGUCAAGCGGAGGGUCAAGCGGAGGGUCAAGCGGAGGAUCAAGCGAAGGAACAAGCGAAGGAACAAGAGAAUGACCAAGCGAAGGAACAAGCAAAGGACGAACCGAAAGACCAAACGGAAGACCAAUCGAAAGGCGAAAACCUCGACAAAGAAGCGAAGAACGACCAGGCGGACGCGCCCGAACUGAAGGAAGCCAAACCGCUUUCCACAGACACCCCCGAGGGAGACGCCCCUUUACUGAACAAAGGCAACGUCGAAACGAACGACGAGGGGGUUGGGAAGUCGGACGAAGCGGCUAACCCUAAUUCGUUUGGGGGCAAAAGGAAGAUCAGUAGCAUGAAGUGGAAGGAGGCGCAGCCACAGUGGGAAGAAGCAUUGCAGGGGGUGGACGUAGGGCAACAGGAGGGCAAAUCAGCUCAGGGGGUCGAGAUGGGAAAUGAGGAAAACUCAAAUCAAAUGGGGCAGCAAUGGAGCGAAGCGUCAGUAAUGCACGUAGUACCAGUAGUGCCUCUACUACCCGUGAUGCACAUAAUGCCAGGGCUGCAAGAAUUAGGAAGCUUGCAGGAAAUGCACGGCCUACAUGAAGUGGGGGAGAAGUCCGAGCAGGAAGAACCAGAGGGAGAGAAAAGAAAAAGGAGAAAAAAAAUGGAAGAAAAAGGAAAAAGAGAAAAGCUAAAGUUUAGCAACGAAAGGGAAAGAAGGGAGCAUAAGAAUGACCAAUUGGACAGACUAUAUAAGCAGAUUAACAAAAUGGAUGUGGCCAUCCCGGGCGAGGUGGCAAAGAAGAGCGAAGGGGGUCCACAGGAAGGUCCACACGGAGGAGAUCCACACAAAGGAGACGAAUUCAACUACACACAGUACAGUAAGAUAGUGAAGCUGCUUUCCAUUUCGAAGGACAUUUCUAAAUAUAACGUGAGUGAGGACCCUACGGAUGACGACAGAGGGGGAGACUUCCCCAACGUAGGUGGUGCCUUCAAAGAAAGGGCGAAACACCUAGACAAGGCAGAUAGGGGUAGAAGCAAGCAGAAGGCAGGGCUACUUCCAUUUCAGAUGGAAAAUGGGCAGGGGAGUUCAUCUGACAAGAGGGGAAUGAAGAAGACGGGUGUAAAGGACUUUAGAAAGAGGGACGACUCGGCAGAGAGGAAAGAAGAAAAAAAAACAAAACUGAAGAGGAAAUAUAGCAAUGAGGGGGUAGAUAGUGGGUUAAAAACGGGUCCACAGGGUAGCCAGAAGAGUGACAGUCUGAAGGAACUCUCCGAAGGGAAGGAGGAAGAUCUGAUGAGUGGCGCGCACCAACCGGGAGGUGAGCCCGCCAAGGGUAUCGGCAUGUUAAGUAGUAAAAGGAAAAAUGAGGAGGAGGGUGAGCAAGAAAAUGUCAGCAAAAGGUUGAAAAAAGGCGAAGGUGUGGGCAGCGCGGACGGUGAGGACGGCGUGAAUGCCGCGGAUAGCGUGGAUGCCCCGGGUGGAGACGCGCCAGCGGGCGAGCAGAAAGAUGUCAGCGAGGAGCCCGCGGUUGUCGGGGAAAAGGGGGAGAAGGGUGAAGCGAGUGAGGAAGUCCAAACGGAGGUGCAACCGGGGCAGUCGGUGCAGUCGUUGCAAUCAGGGCAACCAGAAGAUGUAGACGGGAAGGAGGCAGCCGAAUGGAUUGGGGACAUGGCCGAAGAGGACGCCGAAGUGAAAGCUGUGCUGGAGGAAAUCAUAGAACAGGGCACCGCGGCGGGGGAAGAGGACGAUGAGGUGGAAGUGGAAGAAGGGGCGGCCGCGGUGGUGGAAGCGGUAGUGGAAGCGAUAACAGGUGAGGAGGAAGUCGAGGGGGGGAAGCACAUUGGCAGUGAAGUUGCAGAGGGGGAGAAGCAGAUUGGCUGUAAUGUUGAUGAGGGGGAGAAGCCGAUUGGCAGUGAAGUUGCAGAGGGGGAGAAGCAGAAUGGCUGUGAAGUUGACGAGGGGGAGAAGGAAGGCGAGACUGCCAACGCCUUGAACGAAGGCGAGAUCGUGCUGGUGGAGGAGGACGCGGAGGAAGACGUAGUGGAGCUGGAAGAUAAGGAAGUGUACGAAGAGGUGGAGGAGGAAGGGGAUGACAUCGUGGAGGUGGGCGAGGAAAAGGGAGCCCCUGCAGGAGUGACAGAGGAGGUGCUGGAGGUGGAGGGCGAGUCGGAGCAGAAGGAGGUUGUAGAAAUAGAGGAGGAGGAUGGCGACGGGGCUGCCCCAAAUGGGGGAGAAGUUAACAUUGGCAGGGAGGGGAAAGAAGGAGAGGAAGAGGAGAAGGCCGAAUCGGACAAGUUCGAGGAGGUAGCGGAGGAGGAGGUGUACGAGGAGGUGGAGGAGGCGAAGGACGAGGAGUAUGAAGAGGUGGAAGAGGUGGAAGGAGCGGAAGAGAUGGAAGAAGUGAAAGAGGUGGACGUGGUAAACGAGGCAGACGAGGUGGAAGUGCAGGAAAGCCAAAAGGACGCAGCCACAGAAGAAGUGGCGAAAGAGGAUGUCCCUGUGACUGAGGGUAUACACAGCGAACAAAAAAGUGACUCACAGGAAAAGGAGCAUAACCGUAAGCCCAUCGAAAGUGCAAAUGAGAUUGUCGUGGAGGACAGCAGCAAAGAGUAUGAUGUAGCCGACCAUGGUGGCAAUGAUAACGGCUCGACCAACUCCGAUUGCACCGAUUUGAAUGCCUCCUCGAGGAAAGAAGCGCGUGAAGGUGCAAAGGGUUGCGAACUUGUAGAGGAAAGCUCACUCCAAGUGUUGGAUGAGUUGAGCGGCGGCGAACACGUAGAAAUGGGAGCGGAGGGAGCCGAUCAGAGCGUUUGCCGCCAGGUGGAAAAGUGCUAAAUGAAACGGUACAAUCGAUGUAGUGGAAGGCCAUUCCCCUGCCGCCAAAGGGGGGAAUACAAUAAGGUGCUCCUACAGUCCCAUGUUGAAGCGGUUUCUUCUGUAGUAUUAUGCACCACCGCAAACGUAGAGCAGAUGAACCCCCGCUAAAGGAGUACAUCGCCCACGGAAGCUUCCCAGCCGGCGCCCCAUGCGCAUUCUCA